AGGGAGGAGGAAGAGGAAGGAAGUUCUUCACUAUGGAAUGCAAUGGUUAGGCUGUGUUACUUUAGGUAUGAGAUGCAUGAAGGGAGGAAUAAGGGAGGAGGAAGAGGAAGGAAGUUCUUCACUAUGGAAUGCAAUGGUUAGGCUGUGUUACUUUAGGUAUGAGAUGCAUGAAGGGAGGAAUGGGGGUGAGGAAGAGGAAGGGAGUUAUUCACUAUGGAAUGCAAUGGCUAGGGUGUGUUACUUUAGGUAUGAGAUGUGUCGGGAACCAGAAAACGAACAAACAAGAGGAAUAGCCAUAACAGUACAGAGUAAACAUCUCAUAGGACAAACACUAACAAAGAGGGAAACAACAAGGAUAAAGGAAAACAGAUACCCAGAGAGGAAUGAGAGAUAUACAACUGUGUAAACAUCUGACAGGACAAACACUAACAAGAAGGGUGACAUAUAUAACAGUGUAAACAUCUCAAGUACAAAAGAGGGGAAACAACGAGGGUAAAGGAAAACAGAUACCCAGACUCAGAUACAGAAAACAGAUACCCAGUGGGCGUGGUCAGAAAGUGUGAACAACCAUUGAAAAAGACUCUGACCCGUGACGUCAGUCGUGGCGACAUGUUAUGAGCCAAUAAUUUAACAGAAAAAUCACUGUGGGAGUGUCUUAAGACUGACUCACGAAUAGCAGGAGAAGUAAAACAAUACAACAUAAUGAGCGACCAGAUGGGUGUGACAGGAAGUAUUGGCCAUUGGUUAUGUAGAAAAUUAAGGGCGUGUCAAGGAUGUAAGUCCGCCUCAAGCAAAGAAAAAUGUGGCCUAGAAAUCAGUGGUAUGAGUAGACCGAGCUUGGUUCUCGCCUCAAGCAGACCUGCUACUCACUCAGCCGAGGAUGGCUGUUGUGAUCUUAAUCGUGAGUAGAAAUUCGAGAAUCUAAGGGAAACCGACUGUAUUGUCCUGGAGAUUAUAAUGUAGGAGAUGUGAAGUAGGAUUGUGAGUGGGACAGGAUUGUGAUUAUUUGUUUGCGAUGUAAAGCAAAGGUAAAACCACUGGGUGUGGUAAAAUAAUGUGUUUCCAUGACUUGUAGUAGAUUAUACUACAGGAAUGUGUUAUUAGGAUUUUGUGAAGAGAGUACAUAAUGAUUGUGAUGUAAGCAGAGAUACAAACCACUGCUUGUGGAACGACGAGUGUUAUUAUUAUUGGCAACAACUGAGCACAUAUUGUAGUAUUAUGUUUAAGACAUGUCGUUUGUCAUAUGUUGCAUCCAUUGCUGAAUAUGCCAGUGUUAUGAUCGUCUGAGCAUAGAAUAUUGCGUAAGGCAAUUACUUUCAUUUAAUUUUAAAUAAAUGUAUAUUUACUUUUUCCCUUGUUUAUCCCCGAACACCAGUCUCCAAUAACAACUUAAGCCGGAUCACGCUACCAGGGAUACGAGACGGUGAGAUCAUUUAUGGAGUAAUUAAUGAGUGAUAAAAGAGUUGAUUUAAUACAAGAAAAGAAGGGUCUAAAAUACUAAUUUUGCUGGAAUUUCCUUGUCUAAUAUAUCAGUUAAUAAGGAGACAUGUACUAUACUGCAAACUGCUCAGGUGAGAGUUGCAGGAGCAAAUGGUGUUCUUCAUAGGGCCAAGUUGUUGUUUGAUAGUGGCUCCAGUAGGACAUAUGUCAGUAGUAGACUUGUUAAGAAAUGCAAACCCACAUGGAACUCCAGCAAACCCAUUUCUUAUUCAGUAUUUGGGGGUAAUAAUUCCUCUAAUAUAAAGCAGUGCAUCCUGUUUGAUCUGAAGGUUCUUGAUUGCAGUGAUGCACCACACAAGUUAACAGCUGUAGAGAUUCCAGUGAUAUGCCAACCCUUAGUGAGAACCACUGUGCCUGUAGGUAUACUAUGCAAAUUUCCUGUGCCUCUUGCAGAUGACUAUCAGAGUGAUUCCUAUAUGGAUAUAGAUAUACUAGUGGGUCAGGAUGCUUACUGGAAAUACAUAAUGUCUAAUGAGUCUGUGCAAGUGGGGGGCGUAUUGACCCAAAGAUCAUUGUUUGGCUGGGUAUUGUCAGGGGCUGGAAUGCUGACACUAGUUCUAAGGUACCAGCAACCUCUCCACAGAUGUUAUGUAUUUCUAAAGUGUCUGAAUAUGAUGUAAGCAAGUUUUGGGACUUAAGACUAUAGGGAUACAGUCCAAGGAAUCAGAUCAUAAGCUUGAGUCAGAUGCUGCCUUGCUAGAGUUUUCACAGAAUGUUUCAUAUGCUAAAGGCAGAUAUGAAGUGUCAUUACCUUGGAAAAGUGACUCCUUGAAAAGUGCCCUACUCAACAAUGAGAAACUUGCUAUGAAGAGACUAGAUAAGUUACAUGCCAAACUAGAUAAAGAUGUUGAGUUGAAAACUGCAUAUUACAAGGUUUUUGAGGACUAUGUGCAAGAAGGUAUUGUUGAGGAAAUUCCUAGUAAUGAGAUAGUCUGUGAGAAUCCUACUUUUUAUAUGCCUCACUGUCCGGUGGUUAAAGAAACUAGUAACAGUACCAAGGUGAGACCUGUCUUUGAUGCCUCAGCCAGUGGGUAUAAUGGAAUUUCACUGAAUGAUUGUCUCUUGAAGGGUCCUUCACUCAACCCAGAUUUAGUAGAAGUGAUGAUCAGGUUUAGAAGAUGGCCUAUUGCUCUUACUGCUGAUGUUACCAAGGCCUUUCUACAGUUGUGUGUGAAAAGACGAGACAGAGAUGUACACCGUUUCAUGUUGAGAAAUGAGGAUGAGAUUAAGUACAUGAGAUUCCUGCGGGUUCCCUUUGGAAACACUGCCAGCCCAUUUUUAUUGAAUGCCACAAUAAAGCAUCAUUUAGAGAAGUAUCCAAGUACUGAAGUAAUACAAGAACUGAAAGAGGAUAUGUAUGUAGAUAACUGGCUGAGUGGUGCUGACAGUGUGGAGGAAGCUGCCUGCAAAUUUAGAGGCUUGUGAGGUUUUGGCACAUGCUGGCAUGCCUCUGACUAAGUGGGUUUCAAACAGUAAAUUAGUAACUUCCAUGUUUCAGGAUAAAGUUGAUCAAGUACAUGGAGAAGAAGGUACUAAAGUGUUAGGCCUACAGUGGUGUAACACUUCUGAUGAGUUUUCUUUUGAAGGAUUAGAAUUGAACACCCAGACUGAGUUGACAUAUACCAAAAGAAGCAUGCUGAGCUUGAUUGCCAAGAUCUUUGACCCUCUAGGUCUUAUCAAUCCCUUUGUGAUGUUUGGCAAAAUACUUUUUCAAGAUAUUUGGAGGCUGAGUCUUCAGUGGGAUGAUAAAUUGCCUCAGGAUGUGAAGCAUAAAUUUGAAAGAUGGGUCCUGAGUGCAGCAUCUCUCAGCGAUUGGAAGAUGGACAGAUGUUAUUUUCCUUUUCUUAAGUGGAAUAGCCUUACUGAUGUAGAGCUUCAUGCCUUUGGAGAUGCUUCACAGAAAGGUUACGGUGCCUGUGUAUAUAUCCGUACCUGCUUACCAGAUGGUGCCUACAGGGUUGCAUUAGUCACUUCAAAGUCUAGAGUGGCACCUAUUAAGACCAUAACUCUGCCCAGAUUGGAGCUGAUGGGGGCUUUAUUGUGUGCUAGAUUAGUAAGUUUUGUGAAGCAUGCCCUCCAUCUAAACAUGAAUGCCAAGGUAUUUUGCUGGACUGACUCACAGAUAACUCUAGCUUGGAUCAAGGGUGACCCUGUGAAGUGGAAAAUGUUUGUUGCAGAGUCACAGAAAUUCAAAGCUUAACUCCACCAAGUUCUUGGCAUCACUGCCCUGGACAUGAGAAUCCAGCUGAUUUAGUUUCUAGAGGUGUCUUAGGUGAUCAGAUUGUGUCAAGUAAAUUGUGGAUGUGUGGACCAUCUUGGCUAGCUGAACCUCUUAGUAUAAAGGAAACAGAAUCAAUUUGUACAAAUGAGGAGUACAAGACUACUGAGGCUCUAGCAUGUGUAACUGUACACCCUACUCCACCUGUGUUUGAGUUUGAGAGGUGGGGUGACUUUAGUAAAGCUCAGCGUGUUGUUGCUUGGGUGUUGAGGUAUACACAUAAUUGUAUAACACCUGAUAAUAAGAUUUCUGGUCCACUUUCAGCCAAGGAGUUGGAUGAUGCUAAGGUAAAGAUGUUUUAUCAUGUACAGAGAGAUAUGUUUCCUCAUGAGAUUAAGGCUCUGCUAAGUGACAAGCCUCUUCCUAAGGGGUCAAAGUUGAUUAAUCUAGAUCCCUUUCUAGAUGAUAAAGGUUUAUUGAGAAUCAGAGGUAGACUGGAAAAUGCUGAAUUGAGCUUUGACUGUAAACAUCCAAUAAUAAUUCCAAAAUGUCACCUAGCAAAGCUACUGGUCAAGUUUCAGCAUCUUUUUCUCAAACAUGCAGGUGUUUCUACCAUUGUAUCUACCUUGAGAGAAAGUUUCUGGAUUAUAGGAAUUAGAAGAAUUGCUAAGACUGUGACCAAGGAAUGUGUAAGAUGCCAGAGACAUGACUCCAGAGCUUGUAGCCAGCCAGUAGCCCCACUACCAGAACUGAGAGUUAAAGCUGCUCCACCAUUCACAGUGACUGGCCUGGAUUUUGCUGGUCCUCUAUUUUGCUCUGAUUUCCCUUCUAAGAAAUUUUACAUUUUACUGUUCACCUGUGCUGUUGUCAGAGCUAUACAUUUAGAGCUCACUGACUCUAUGAGUGUUGAGGAUUGCAUGCUUGCCCUACGCACAUUCAUUGCACGGAGAGGGCUACCUUCAGUGAUGUACUCAGAUAAUGCCAAAACUUUUGUUGCUUGCAGUGGGCAAAUACAGAAGGUUUAUGGUCACAUAUCUCCACACUGGAAGUUUAUAGUCCCCCGUUCUCCAUGGUGGGGAGGAUGGUGGGAACGUUUGAUAAGAACUGUGAAGUCUGCCAUGAGGAAAACUUUAAGUGUUAAGUAUAUAUCCAGAAGUGAACUAGAGACUGUACUACAUGAAAUAGAAGCAUGUGUAAACUCAAGACCUCUCACUUGUGUUGGGGAUGAACCUAAUAGUUCUCUGCCUUUAUCUCCCUCACAUUUCCUCAUUGGCAGAAAUGCUAGUACUCACUCUGAGUUCGACCCUAAACCUUCCUGUAUUUCCCCUCAAGAUCUGAGGAAUAGAGAACAUUUGAGAAACCAGAAUUUAGACAAAUUUUGGAAGAGAUGGAGCUCAGAUUAUAUUUCCAAUUUGUCCCCAGUUGUUAAGGGUUUCACUUCAAAAUGCAGUAUUAAAAAAGGUGACUUAGUCCUGGUGAAGGAGGACAACAUUCCAAGGCUACAAUGGCCCCUGGGUUUGGUUGUGGAUAUUUUCGCUGGUCAGGAUGGUGUUCUCAGAAGUGUAAAUGUGAAGACUUCCAGAGGAGUACUAAAUAGGGCAGUUCAGAAGCUACAUAACUUGGAAGUAUCUAGCCAUGAGUAUACUGAUGUUAAUGAGACUGUCCAAGAUUUACCUGAAGUUGAUGCAGCUGUCCAGGAGUCCUCAGAUUCUAGUCCACUUCCUGAGACAGCUGCUGAAACUCGUACUCGCUCUGGUAGGUCUGUUAAAGUUCCUAGAAAACUUGACUUGUAACUUCAGUUGAAGUUCAAGUUGACGGACUAGUUUCUGAGGCUGUGAAUUGUAUUUCGUAAGUGAUAUGUAUGAAUAAUUUAAGGUUGAUGCUUUAUACUCAGGAAUACAGUUGUCAUAUGUAAUAGGAGUGCUAGACUCCUAUGGUGGGGAGAAUGUUGAAGUUAGUGAAGAAGUUAUUUAAGUUUCCCAUGAAAGUACAGUUUCUUUAAUUACUCCUCCACAUAUUUUUAUAAAUCCAGAAGUUUAAGCUGAAAUUGCUGAGUCCAUUAUUUUCCUUUAUUAUAAUUAAUUUCAUCUAGUUUCUGUAAAUCAAGUUUUGUAUUCUUAGUUGAACUGAGAUAGGUAUAUAUUUGCCUUUCUCGAGUUUGUCUGUACAAGUUCCUGUUGUUGAAAAUAAACACGACUCAGCAAGAAGAGCGAGACCAAGCCGCCACCAGCCCUUUCCCUCCGUUCACCUCCAGAUCUUAGCCACGGUGUUGAUAAUUCCAACAAAGAGAAAGGGCAUUGCAAGGAAGAAGGGUGGUAGGGUCUUUGAGACAAAUCAUGAAUGGCAGAAGUGUGAGCAUGGAGGUAAAGAGGGAUUUGAGAAAUACAAUAAUAGUACCAACCCUCACAUAUGCAAGUGAAACGAGGGCCUGGAAUGAAAGUCAGAGGUCUAGAGUGCAGGCAUUGGAAAUGAGUUAUUUGAAGAGUGCUUGUGGUGUGAGUAGAAUGGAUGGAAUGAGUAAUGAAAGUGUGUACGAGCGUUUUGGAAUGUGUCACAGGGGUGAAGGGAAGAAGCGUGGAGUGGUGGAAGAAGUGAAGCGACAGACUUUAAAGUGGUUUGGCCACAUGGAGCAAAUGGAGGAGAGUAAGAUGACCAGAAGGGUGUAUGUGAGUGAGAUAGAGGGAGGGAAUGCUAGAGGACGACCUCCAGUGAAAUGGAGGGAUAGGGUGCAAGAGUACGUUAGGGAGAGGGGGGAAAGAUCUUUGAGAAACUUUGAGCAGGCAAGGAGGGAGUGUCUGGAUAGAGAUAGAUGGAAACUCUGUAAUGUGUGAUGACUCUCAUACUGGAGUGUCUGUGGGUUGUGUAAGGUUGUGUGUGGCGUCACUGGCACACUACAAUGCAGCAGUGACUGGCAACAAAACACCAGCAACCAAAUAUUACAAAAAAUACCACACAAAUGACAGGACUCCCAUGAGCUGCACACUGUUCAGUG